ACCAACACAACAACGAAGAAGAAGCUGGCAGCAGCUUUCGUUUUUUGUUGUUGUCGUUGUAUCAGAAGAAAACAUGUCGCAUAUUCAGGCGGAUGCUGAAAAUGGAAUUAAAGGAAACAGCAUGAUGUGUCCAUUGCACGGAUGUAAACGUGUGUACACAGACGUCAGUGCUUUGGAGAGUCACGUCAGGGACCACGCAGUCCCUGCUCAGUCUCUUAAUGGUAAAGUCUUCCACUGCUCCACCACUGGCUGCAGCUGCUCCUUCCCUAACAUGCAGAAACUGAUGGAACACAUCAGACAUCAUCAUAAACCCAACUUAUUCUUCAUGUGUGAGAAUUGCCGCACAAAGUUGAGAUCGUACCGCGGCCUCCUGAGUCACCUCCACACCUGUUCCAAAGUUCCACGGGGGAAAAUGAAGUCCACAGAGCAGACGUCCCUUCAAGCAGGUCCAAACAUGGCCACCUCGGCUGCUCAUCCAAACCCACCUCAGUUGGAGGCGGUGUCCACGCCACACCAACUGACCGCUGCUCACGUCCCCAACCCAGACAGUUCUUUGGCUGAUACGACCUCACCCCCCGUCCUUGUUCCUCAAUGCUCAUUAGGCCAAGAGACUUUCAGGGUUGGUAGUGGACUGGGAGAAGAACCCAGGUCAACCUCCCAUCCUGCUAAAGCAAACCAAUGAACAAUCCCACCACAUUAUCUCAAGCCCACAUGGCUUUUUCCAGGAGUGUAUAAACCGUGUAUAAAGUUUAAAAAAAAAAAAAAAAAAAAGGUAAAUGAUACUUUCCAGGAAAAUGUGACACUUUGUCAGAAAAUCAGUUGUGACGAAGCUUUUCUGUCUUUUCAUACCUAUUGUGCUGACAAAGAUCACAAGUAUUCAUCAAGUAGCCUACUGAAGUAUACAAAGUACAAAUAUGAAGUUGAACUUUUAUACUUUACUCUAAAAACACCUGUAGACACACAUCAGGAGAAAAAAAACUUUUAUUUCUAUUACAAUGAGAUGUUAGAAGCACUUGACUAAUGUCACAGACUAUAUGCCCAACAACCAACCUCAUUCCAUAAUAAAAAUACCCCCAUAACCCCGUCAUCAAUGUUAGCCAUCAAGUGUUUUAACAGAAAAAAAUCAUAACUGUAGAGGAAUAAUGUGUGAAAUGAAGAACAUGGAGAGCAGUUACAUGAUUUCAAUAACUUGUUGGUCCAUCCAUCAUUUAGUGCCACAUUCUACAGUUCCACUCUUAAUUGAAACACUAAAAGUUGGUAUUUUGCAAUUCACAUAAAACAGGAAAACAAGUGCACACACAAAUAAUCUAUCAUCCCCCCCCCACCCAGAUGAGACGUUGAUUUUCUUUUCAGACAAUUGUUUUAUGCUUUUUAAUAAAAUCUUUUUUGAUGAA